AUGGAACUGUACUCAGAAAUUUCGCGUCUUGUCCUCACGAAAGACGAAAAAACGGCACUACAUAGAUAUUUUACCAAAGAACCUACUCAGAAGGUAGAAGCUAUUGCUAUUCUGUCAACUUGCGAGGACGAUAAUGAGAAGGUCCAAUAUCUAAAGUCUCUCUUGGAGAAGACAACGUCAAUUGAACAGUUACUUAUUACUCAGUUUUCUCAGCCACUUACUAAUCCACCAAGUGAGAAUGAGCUUGAAGUGUAUCUUAAGCAUCUAUUUCUUCAAAAGAUUCCUAUACGGCACAAACAUGGCUACAUCACCAGAAUUAGCAUUUUAAAUCUUGGAGACUACUUUAUUGAUGAGGAUGUUGGUCAAACUGGAGAUACUGUUUCCUCUCUAUGUGAAGCUGCAAUAAUGCUUACAAUAACAGGUAGUGAGAAUAACUUGAUUAGUGAGUAUGAUGCUUUGGUUGAUCGCAAUGUUGUGGAUACAUCUGGUGCAACACUAAAAAUGUUUCGUCUAGAUCUGAUUGUCUUACUGCAUGAUGUAUUGAUAUUCAAAGCAGAAGAAAAGAAGGAUUUUGACGAGUUUGAUAAUGCUGUAAAAGAACUAGAAUCAAAGAUGGAAAUAUGGGACCCAUCUCUUUUUGGUGAUUUACCUUACUUGCCCAGUUAUGCUGCUGCAAAGGAACAAUUUCAAUGGUGUAUUAUUAGAAGAGAUUUAACAGCAUAUCCUAUAUCUCCUCGAUAUAAUCUUUCUCUUCUGCUUCAUCGAGUUUUGGUUCUUAUCUCAGCUUUUAAUAUGUUUUGUCUUCUUGUGACAUUAGAGAAGCUGGUAACCAUUAGUCGUCCUCAUAAUAAUCUAUAUGUCGUGUUUCUCACUUUGUUGUAUUGA